AUGGGAUUGCUUGCACUUGGAACGGCCCUCGAGUGGCCAGAAGCCAAAAAGCAUGCUCAUAAAGUGCGCGAAUGGGGUAUCAAGCAACUUUUAGAAAUAUGGAACAAGGCAAAACACAAGGAGCGAGAUGCCUUGCUCUGGGGUGAUGAGGUCGAAUACCUCGUCGUGGUCUUUGAUAAAGAUGACCCGAAUGUUAAAUUGUCCUUGAGGCAAGCUGAGAUCCUUGAAGCUUUGGCUGCAUCUCCAGACUUGUCAGCUAAGGGAGGCUGUGUUCCUGCUCUCCAGGACACGAGCGCCACUGAAGAGAGUGAGGAGCCUCUACCAGUGUUCCACCCCGAAUUCGGCAGAUUUAUGCUUGAGGCUACUCCCGGGAAGCCCUGGGGAAUCGGCUUCAAGGAGCUCCUGGAGGUAGAGCCUAAUAUGAAGCUGAGGCGAACCAUUGCGAAGCAGCACAUGCGGGCCGAUGAAUACCCCAUCACGCUCACCACGUACCCACGCCUUGGGUGCCCCGAGAAGUUUACUGACCCAUAUUACCCGCCAUCCGGCCCCAAGCUGCGGUCCCAGUUUGUGCCGGACGAGAUAGCGAAUCCGCACAUCCGCUUCCCAACCCUCGCGGCAAACAUCCGGUCACGCCGCGGUCGGAAGGUGCAGGUCAACGUUCCCGUCUUCCGCGACGAAAAGACUCCGUGGCCGUGGAAUGAUCCAACGGUCAAUCGUGACUUGCACAACUGGCCAGAAGAUGAGGAUGUGCGGAGCGGCGGUGCUGCUCCGGAAAACUUUAUCCACAUGGAUGCCAUGGCUUUCGGCAUGGGCAGCUGCUGUCUGCAAAUCACGUUCCAGGCCAAGAACAUCACCGAGGGGAGAACCAUGUACGACCAGCUGAGCCCUCUGGGUCCUAUCCUUCUGGCCUUGACUGCCGCUACGCCCAUCUACAAGGGGUUUUUGGCCGACACGGACGUGCGCUGGAACCAGAUAAGCCGCGCUGUCGAUUGCCGUACCAAGGAGGAGAUGGGCGAAGAGCCCCUGAAAAACGACAGAUGGAGGAUACCUAAGUCCCGCUACGCAUCCAACUCGACCUACAUCUCGACGGACCACCGCCUCCGCCCAGAAUACAUGGACCCCAACCUUGUUAUCGAUGAGGAUAUCAAGGCAAAGCUCAUCGAGGGAGGAAUGGACGAUCUCCUGGCGACGCAUUUUGCCCACCUUUUCAUACGCGACCCAAUCGUCAUCUUCGCCGAGGACCUCGAGCGGUUGGAUCUUGACAAGACGGACCACUUUGAGAACCUGCAGUCGACCAACUGGCAGCACAUGCGCUUCAAGCCGCCGCCUGCCGACAACAACAUCGGCUGGCGGGUUGAGUUCCGCCCCAUGGAGAUCCAGGUGACCGAUUUUGAGAACGCUGCCUUCUCCGUCUUCAUCGUCCUCGUCACCCGCGCCAUCCUGUCCUUCAACCUCAACUUCUAUAUACCUAUCCAGCGCGUUGACGAGAACAUGGAGACGGCCCACGCCCGCGACGCCGUCCUGGAGAAGAAGUUUUGGUUCAGGAGAAAUCUGUUUCCGACCCGCAGCCCCCGUGGCGGCGGGAGCGUCUCGGGCACUGCCACGCCGUUCAGUCGUAGCCCGACGCCCGUCGGUCCCGUCGACGACGAGUACCGCCUCAUGACCAUCAACGAGAUCAUCAACGGCACGGCUGCCGCGGCGGGGGGCAGCGGCAACGAUGACCACGAUGACGCCAACGACGAAGACCACUUCCCCGGCCUGAUCCCCAUUGUCGAGAGCUACCUGGACUCGGUCAACGUCGACGUCGAGACGCGCUGCCACCUGGCCACCUACCUUGAUCUCAUCCGCCGCCGUGCCUCAGGCGAGCUGUGCACCGCUGCCCGCUGGAUCAGGGACUUUGUCGCCGCCCACCCCAAGUAUGAAAAGGACAGCGUCGUGGGACCGGAGAUCAACCACGACCUCGUCCAGGCAGUCAUCGCCAUCGGCGAGAAGGAGUGCGCCGGCAAGGGUUUCAAGGGGAUCGACGUGUUUGGGUUCGACAAGCUGCUCGGCAACUUCAGGGGCGGCUGCGGUGGCCCGCAGUCGUCAUAG